AUGCGGAGUUCGGUGAACAGAGAAAAAGGAAACAGCCAAUGGCAUGAUAAAGAGAAGAAUGAGCUGGUACAAGAAAAGAAAUACAAGCCUAAAGCUAUAGCAGACGGUGCGUGCAACCAAAAGAAGAAUAAGCAUGGGAAAAAUGUUAAGAAUAUUAUCACUUCUUUUUAUAAGAUUAUUUUGAAAGAUUGGGAGUUGAGUUCAUUAAUCAGAAAGAUGAACGGGGCUGUGCUAGUGGCUAUUGCUGCCACAAUUGGCAAUUUUUUGCAAGGUUGGGAUAAUGCAACCAUUGCAGGAGCUGUUGUCUACAUAAAGAAGGAGCUUACUUUAGAGACUACUAUAGAAGGUCUCGUCGUGGCAAUGUCACUCAUUGGAGCCACACUUAUCACAACUUGCUCAGGGCCCAUAUCAGAUUGGAUUGGUCGGCGUCCAAUGCUUAUCCUCUCAUCUAUGUUCUAUUUUUUAAGUGGUUUGAUAAUGUUGUGGUCGCCUAAUGUCUAUGUCCUGCUUGUAGCAAGGCUACUAGAUGGAUUUGGUAUUGGUUUGGCAGUUACUCUGGUCCCUUUGUACGUAUCUGAAACUGCCCCUUCAGAAAUAAGGGGAAUGCUAAAUACUCUUCCACAAUUUGCUGGUUCCGGUGGAAUGUUUUUGGCAUACUGUAUGGUUUUCGGAAUGUCCUUGAUGGCCUCACCAAGCUGGCGAUUGAUGCUCGGAGUUCUUUCUGUUCCCUCUCUAAUUUAUUUUGCAUUGACAGUGUUGUAUUUACCCGAAUCUCCUCGAUGGCUUGUGAGUAAAGGAAGAAUGCUUGAGGCAAAACGAGUUCUGCAGAAACUACGUGGCAGGGAAGAUGUUUCAGGUGAGAUGGCUUUGCUGGUUGAAGGUCUGGCUGUUGGUGGGGAGACAUCUUUAGAAGAGUACAUCAUCGGUCCAGCAGAUGAAUUUGUGGAUGAUCAGGAACCAACUGCUGAAAAAGACUCUAUAAAAUUGUAUGGACCUGAGGAGGGCCUUUCCUGGGUCGCCAAGCCUGUGCCUGGACAUAGUAGUCUUGGUCUUGUGUCCCGCCAAGGAAGCAUGGUAAACCAGAGUGUGCCUCUUAUGGAUCCUCUUGUGACUCUCUUUGGCAGUGUCCAUGAGAAGCUCCCUGAGGCAGGGAGUAUGCGAAGCAUGCUAUUUCCCAAUUUUGGCAGUAUGUUUAGUACAGCGGAGCCCCAAGGUAAAAAUGAACAGUGGGAUGAAGAGAGUUUGCAGAGGGAAGGUGAGGGUUAUGCAUCAGAUGCUGGGGGGGCAGACUCUGAUGACAACUUGCAGAGCCCAUUGAUCUCACGCCAAACAACAAGCAUGGAAAAGGACAUGGUCCCUCCUCCCUCCCAUGGAAGCAUUCUAAGCAUGAGACGGCAUAGCAGUCUCAUGCAAGGAAAUGCUGGCGAAGCAGUCAGUAGUAUGGGCAUUGGUGGUGGUUGGCAGUUAGCAUGGAAAUGGUCUGAGAGAGAAUGUGAAGAUGGAAAGAAGGAAGGAGGCUUUAAAAGGAUAUAUUUGCACCAGGAGGGAGUACCUGGAUCAAGGCGUGGGUCUCUUGUUUCACUUCCAUAUGGUGAUGGUCCUGCCGAUGGUGAGUUUAUUCAGGCUGCUGCUCUGGUAAGCCAGCCUGCUCUGUAUUCCAAGGAACUUAUGGAUCAACAUCCCGUUGGACCUGCAAUGGUUCAUCCAUCUGAAACUGUUUCAAAAGGACCAAUUUGGGCUGCUCUUCUUGAACCAGGAGUCAAGCGUGCAUUGAUUGUUGGGAUCGGAAUUCAAAUACUUCAGCAGUUUUCUGGCAUAAAUGGGGUCAUGUACUACACUCCUCAAAUUCUUGAGCAGGCAGGUGUUGAAGUUCUGCUUUCCAACCUUGGCAUUAGUUCGGAGUCUGCCUCUUUCCUUAUCAGUGCAUUCACAAAUUUUUUGAUGCUUCCUAGUGUAGCUGUCGCCAUGAGAUUCGUGGAUGUCUCAGGCAGAAGGACACUGCUGCUCACUACUAUACCGGUGUUGAUAUUGUCACUCAUCAUCCUAGUCGUUGCCAAUGUUUUUGACUUGGGAACUAUCGCUCAUGCAGUAAUCUCAACCAUCUGUGUUAUAGUCUACUUCUGCUGCUUUGUUAUGGGAUAUGGGCCAAUCCCAAAUAUCCUCUGCGCAGAAAUAUUCCCUACACGGGUUCGUGGCCUCUGCAUUGCCAUAUGUGCCCUAGCUUUCUGGAUUUGUGACGUUAUUGUUACCUACACGCUGCCUGUGAUGCUCAAUUCAAUUGGCCUCGCUGGUGUCUUUGGCAUUUAUGCUGCUGUAUGUGUCAUCUCCUUGGUCUUCAUCUUCUUAAGGGUUCCAGAAACCAAGGGUAUGCCCCUAGAAGUCAUCACAGAAUUCUUUGCUGUUGGUGCAAGGCAGGCUGAUAUUACCAAGAAUGAAUGA